AUGCAUGGCUUGCAUCUCCUUUCGGGUUGUUCGUAUUGCUCUUACUGUAAAUUCCGCCCCAAGCUGCCAACGGUGUUGAAGAUUGGAUGUCAAACCACAACCAUGCCUGCAAUUCUUCAUGUUGAGAAGCGAGCGACGUUCAAGAUAGUGAACCACUAUCAAGUCUCCAUGAUAGUGAUACCUAUCAUCUUUUUUGCCAUCGCCACCGUCACGGUCGCGCUGCGACUUCAGGUUCGGCGUUUGAACAAGGGCAAACUGACCAUCGAUGAUUAUUUGUGUAUCCUGAGUCUGCUACUGGGCUGGCCCAUGGUCGGCCUCCUCAUUUUCAUGGUCUACGAGACAGGCCAAGGAAUGCCAACGUCGUUCAUCAUGAAAAAACACCCUGAAGUCUUCCCAACUUGGAUGAAGUCCAUUUUCUCCUUGAAUUUGAUUUGGACGGCUUCAGUGGCCGCGAUCCAGAUAUCGUUGCUCUGCUUCUACCUGCGUAUAUUCCGCAUAAUCAACUGGACCCGCUACGCAUGCUACGGAAUGAUUGGUGUAACACUGGCUUGGUUCAUUUCCACCUUGGUCACAUGGUUCAACAGCUGUCACCCGCUGCCGAAGUUCUUCAAUGCUAAGAUCGCCGGAAAGUGCAGUGUGGACAAGCACAUGGUGUGCUCCGCUACGGGCUUCUCCCAUGUCGCGAUCGAUGUUAUCAUUCUUUUGAUUCCAAUUCCCGCCAUCUGGGCCUUGAAACUGUCAUUGAAGAAGCGACUGCUGAUUGUCGGCGUGUUUGGACUUGGACUUUUUGCAACCAUCUGUUCCAUUAUCCGCAUGGCUUGCAUGAUGCAGUUUUGGGUCGGAAAUGCAGCUCUUGAUCCUAUACAGGGAGCCUGGGGUCCUUUUCUCUUCCAAACCCUCGAAACCGCCGUCGGCAUCUUCUGCUGCUGCCUCCCCAUGCUAUCGCCCGUUUUCAAAUCCUGGCGCGAGCAGCUUAGAACCUCGAGCUUGACAUCCAAGAUCUUCCGCACAUCCACAUCGAGUUCCAAGACCAAUGGCUCAUCUCAACACAAAGCUUGGGCAUCUCAGACGAUUGGUGGCGGCAGCCACAAGGACUUUGUUCCGCUACAAGACAAUAUUAGUUCCAGCAGCAGGUCCAAAUUGAAUGGAAGCGCGAACGACACCUUCUACGAGGCUCACCUAGAGCGUUAAUUUGGAAACACGGCAUGGGGUUAUAUAAUAAGAGAAUACCCAAAGCAGGACUCGAAUCGUGAAGCAUGGGCUAAGACAAAGUAGACAUGUAUUCAUAAAUAAUAUGUCCAUACAUCUUCUCUUUCUACCGCAUCUCUAGACGCAGGGUUCUAUAGCAUAUGUAUAAAUAAGGUAGCAAUUGAACACAUAGAGCAUUCUUAGUGUUAAAAGGAAGCCUUUAUUGUGCCCAUUCUACCUAUCUUUGGUGUACAAGUCUCGUACUUCCUCUCCUCACUCCUCUCCCACCUCCAACACUCUCCACAACACUAGCCUUUAUAGUAUUCAAUCUUCGCUUUUGAAUAAUAAAUUAAUUCGCUCGC